UCCAUUCUUUGUCAAAAUCUAAAGUCGCUUUUUGACAAAUAGCGUCAAAGAUUCCGCCUUUAUCUGCGGGAACAAAGAGCUCCAAUCGCCGCAGAUUUAUGUUUUUUUACGAAAACGCCAAAUCCGUAACUACAAUGGUGAGAAAAAUGACACCGCUGCAAAAUAUGUUAAUUUUUAUCGCCUUAAUAAUUUUAACCAUGGCUUCCACUGCUCAAACAAACAUUUUAAACCCACGAGCUCCAUACUGGGUGCAUGAACGGAAGAUGCAAAAGCGACUUUACACUCAACGUCCAGGCAGUACAGUCCGGUUCAGAUGUGCAGUUCUAGGUACUCAUCCAAUCACAAUCGAUUGGUACAAAGAUGGGAAACUAAUGAAAAAAAGGGGAAGAGUGGGAGGAUACAAGUUUCGUCAACGCCAUCAGCAAAUAACAUUGGAGUCAGUGGUAAUGUCGGACCGUGCCAAGUACAUGUGUGUGGCCCAUAAUAAGUACGGCUCCAUCAACCAUAUUUUUGAAAUGGAUGUAGUAGACACAGUCAAACCAAUUCCAUCCCAAGACACACAGUCAAACCAAUUCCAUCCAGCUCAAGCCAUGAACUAAGUCUCAUGGCAGUCUUGGAUUAAGUCUCGUGGCAUCAUCCUGGACCAAGUCGGCAACUUAUGUCAUCCACUUUGCAAAACUGCAUCAGAGUCGAACAUGUAUUUUUUACACCAUUUUUUAUCCUCGUGUGCUUUUGAGUUACCACACUUUUAACUUUGUACAAUUUUUUCUCUGAUAUGGCUGAUAAUUUGGACAACCUAUUAGUGACCACUGGGUUGGAGCAAUGUCCGUUAGGGUCUUGCCCAAGGACACAUACCCCGAUCAGUAUUAGUAUCGCCGUCGACCAUCGAACCGGGGACACUUUGGUUCCGAUGCAGGCACCUAAACCACUGAGCCAUGGUUGUUUAUAAUUACAUUCAUUCAUAAUUAAUGUUUGUAUUUUGUGUUUUACCAUACACGCAAUUUAAAAAGAAACAUUACAAAGUGACAAAUAUGUCCAUAAGUUCAAUUUACCCUGAAAUCGCACUCAAAAUAAAAAAGAUUUA